GUUUGCUUGAUGAAUACUUUUUGUAUGGAGUUGCCGCACCAAUUUUUUCUUUGUAAAUAUAUUAAUAAACAGCUGGAUAUAUUCGUGCUUUAUGUUGAUUUGAUGCAGUAGUUGCUAAACGCAUUCUGCAAUGAAGUCUCAAAAAAGGCAGCGAAAACAGACAAACUCUCCAUAUCAGUAUGAACCUGUGGAGGUUUAUUGUCGACUACGCCCUCUGGAUGAUCCAAAUGAGCCGCCAUGUGUAAAGCCAAUUGAUGAAACAGUUGUUCAGCUUCUUCCCCCAGAGAAUGCAGUUGCAAGGAAUGGACAGGUGAAAGAGUAUCAGUACACUUUCCAGAAAGUAUUUGAUGAAUAUGCUUCACAAAAGGCAGUUUUUGAUCAAAUAGCUCUUCCACUCAUUGCAGAUUUAGUGGCUGGGAAAAAUGGUCUGCUGUUUACUUACGGAGUCACAGGCUCUGGUAAAACAUACACCAUGACUGGAAGUCCACAAGAUCAAGGCAUUCUACCACGAUCUUUAGAUGUAUUGUUUAACAGCAUUGGAGAUCUGCAAGCAAAGAAAUACGUUUUUAGACCUGACAGAAUGAAUGGUUUUGAAGUUCAAACAGAGGCUGAUGCAAUGAUAGAGAGACAAAAGAAAGAAAUAAUGCCCAACCUUACAACCCCAGUAAAAUCAGCCAGUAAAAGGCCUGAAUCUGGUGACAUUGAGCGUGUGAUGGAUCCUACCAAAGUGGAUACAGUGGAAGAGGACAACAACUAUGCUGUGUUUGUUUCAUUCAUUGAGAUCUACAACAACUAUGUUUAUGACCUGCUUGAGGAGUUGCCUUAUAAUUCUAUCACUGGUUACAAACCUCCGCAAUCAAAGAUUUUACGAACAGACUCAAGUGAUAACAUGUAUGUUCACAAUUGUACUGAAAUAGAAGUGAAGCAACCUCAGGAUGCUAUUGAUGUGUUUUAUAAAGGUCAAAGACGCAGGAAGGUGGCUCACACAACACUUAAUGCUGAAUCAAGCAGAAGCCACAGUGUUUUUAACAUUAGAUUAGUGCAAGCACCAUUAGAUGCCCGUGGUGAAGAAGUGAUACAGGAAGAAAACAUUAUCUAUAUUGACUCUGAGAGGAUCUGUGUAUCACAGCUCUCCCUUGUUGACCUUGCUGGAAGUGAGAGAACAAACCGUACAAAAAACUCUGGGGAUCGUCUCAAAGAAGCAGGCAAUAUUAACCAAUCACUGAUGGUACUGAGAACCUGCCUGGAAGUUCUUAGAGAGAAUCAAAAGUGUGGAGUAAACAAGAUGGUGCCAUACAGAGACUCACGUCUGACACAUUUGUUCAAGAACUUUUUUGAUGGUGAUGGAAAAGUGAGAAUGAUAGUGUGUGUUAACCCGAAGAUGACUGAAUAUGAAGAAACUAUUCAUGUGAUGAAGUUUGCAGAGAUGACACAGGAAGUUCUUAUCACCAAGUCUCAACAAUCUAACAAAUUUGACCUUGGGCUCACUCCUGGGAGAAGACGGAUGCACCAGGAUGAAGUUGAAGAAGCUCUUGUGAUUCCAUCUCUUCCAAUUGAUUUUUCAGUUGGUCCACCUUUCCCAAUACUUGAGCUGAUUGCUCCAACUGAUGAUCUUACAAUAAAAAAUAUCAUUCAGUGCUUAAAUGAGCGAAUGCGACGCAGACAGGAAAUGUCAAUGGAUUAUGAGAGAUCUUGUUCAUCAUUUCGAGCUCAGCUGGUAGAGUUUGAACAAGAUUAUGGCCAAAUGAAACUCCGUCUGCAAGACCUGGAAGAAAAGUCGUCUCAGAGGGAGCGGGCAGCAGCUAAACUUGAGAGCAAAAACAAAAGCUUGGAGAGAAAGUUGGAUGAGCUGAUGAAACAAAUGAAAGACUUGGAGAAGGAGAAUCAACUGCUAGGUCUUCAGGUUCAAGAUAAGGCAUGGAAGAUACAGGUUGAAAAGCAAGCUAAAGAUAAACUGAGAUCAGAAUUUAGAAGUCGGUUGCAAAUGAAUAAUCAGGCUUGGGAGAAAAAUUUGGAAAAAGCAAGACGACAGCUGGAGAUUGAGGCUGAGAACCAGCUGGAUGAAAGAGACAGGAAAUUAGAAAUGCUCAGGGAUAUUGUGAAUGAAAAUGAAUUAGUGGGCACACCAAGAAUGAGAUCGCGUGCCACAACUCAACCAACCCCUAAGCCUCGAACAUACACAACACCUGCCUCUAUCCAGACUGCAAUCUCUGAAACUGACAUCACAUCCGUUGGAUCCAGUACCAUAGCAUCAUCAGCACGUGCAGCUGCUGGUCGCGCUGGAAACACCAAAGUUCAGACAAGACCAACCAACAGAAUUCCUGCUGCCAAAUCUAUUCCAAACCUCACACAGGUUGGAGUCACACCUUCAUCAAGCAAAUCAAGACAACCUGUAGUAAAUCUUCGACAUCAUCGCCGAUCAAAAUCCUCUGGUAGUGCUGAAACAUGGUUGGAACAUAAGCCUGCUGACAUAGUUGAGACAGAUACCCUGUUCCAGCCUCGCAUGUCCAAGAAGAAAUCAGUAACAAAACUGGAUGUUAAAGACACAAAAUCUGCAUCUAAAUAUGUGCUUACUCAUCAAGAGCAGGACUCUAAUGAUGAACUCAUUACCAAACUUAUCAAGGGUGAUGUGAUUCCCACAUCAGGUGGUGGUGCUGCUGUUGUCUUCCACGAUGUAGAAACAUUAAAACAAAUAUCCCCUGGGUCGCGUAAGAGGCGCAGCCCAACUACACCGAGGUAUGACCCAGAACUCCAGUGGACCGAUACAGAAGAGAGGUGUUCUGUUGCCCUUGAAGGACAUAGUCGCAAACGAAGUAAGACCACAAACUUGUAAAGUUGCAAGCAGGUAGUCACCACACCAGUAGAGUGGAAUGCAGUCAUGUAGUUACACUAGAAGUAGAAUAGUGGUAUGGUCAGAUGUUAUAUUAGUUGCCAGUUACAUGUCAAUGUAUCGUAUAUCAAAGCAGCAUAAUAAGGCAUUAAUUUACUAUAAGCAAAAUCCAUUUAUUGCAUGUUAAAUAUUUAUAAGUUUCAUAUAUAUAUACCAGUUGCAACUGAACCUCAUGUUAAUCAAACUAAGUCUUUUAUAUUUUUUUUAAUGAUCUCAUCAUUUUUUUAAUAUAGAGAUUUAAAAGUAAAAAUACAGAUGUUAAAACAUUUAAAUUUUUUUUUCUUUUUUUUACUUCAUGGGAUUCAGAAAUGUUAAACUUUGAAAAUUUAGAUCAGAUAAUAUGUAACCUUUUUUGCUGACUGUCUGUAAAUAGCUAGCUCAUGAGGCUUGUAAAAUACUCAUCCAUCAUUCCUCUUCCAUUUCUAAUCACCCAUCAAUACUUAAUGUAAAUACAGAUCAUAUGCUGGAAUCCAGUUGAGUUGUUUGUACAGGAAUGUUUAUUACCCUCUACUAGAGGAAAAAUAUAAAUCUGUUUCAUAACAUGUAUACAGUGUAAAAAAUACUUUUUGUACACUUCGGAGACAGCUAAUUAUUAAUAUAGAUAGAAUUGAAAAUUGUUUUAACUAAAUUAACUGAUGUUGGUGUUAUCGGCUUCUGCGUUAGACAUGUGCGUCUGUAAUCUGGUAGCUGUUUGACUGCUGGAUUACUGGGUGUUGUAGACUACAGACUGCCUUAUUUUCUUCCAUAGAGAUUUUUAAGUCUAUACUAAAUUGAGUGCACACUCCAGUACAAUGCUAAUAUUGGGGUUAGUACACAGGUAACAUUGAAUUUAAAUGUUCUAUAGAAUUUUUACAGUUUUGUAUUGAAUGGGUAGGGGUUUUUAUGUAGAAAUUCUUACAAUUAAUGCUUUAUUUCACAAGUUCUGUCAAUUUUUAAUAUAAUUUAUAUUCUUUGAAUGCAUUUUUAGUCAUGGUGUCAUAUUUACAAACUGGCAUUGAUAUAUUUGUAUAUUGUUUGAUAAUAAAUGGU